AUGGAUGCAGACAUAGAAGAAUGGGUCCGAGUUUGCACGCCCUGCCAACAGGCGAGACCCGAACCGCCAAGCGCUCCUCCACAAAAGUGGGAAUCGGCGGGAAAGCCUUGGUCAAGGCUUCAUCUUGAUUUUGCGGGGCCUGUACAGGGACAAAUGUUCUUGAUUGUGGUUGACGCAUAUUCAAAAUGGUUAGAGGUGGCUCCCAUGACCUCCACCACUUCAACGGCCGUUAUUACUGUGUUGCGCCGCUUAUUUGCCACCCACGGGCUGCCAGAUGUGCUGGUGAGCGAUAACGGUGCACAAUUCGUGUCCCAGGAGUUCCAACAGUUCCUGACCAACAAUGGGAUCAGGCAACUGACAUCUGCCCUUUUCCAUCCGGCCUCUAACGGCCAGGCGGAAAGAAUGGUCCGUACGACCAAGGAGGCCCUUGCGAAGCUGACGCAAGGAGACUGGGGGGUUAAACUGGCGUCUUUCCUCCUACGCCAGCACGUAACUCCGUGCUCUGCCACAGGCCGCAGCCCAGCCGAGUUACUGAUGGGGCGACGCCUAGCGUCUUUACUGGAUAGGCUACAUCCAGAUCUGAAUGACUUAAGGCCCCAACAGCAGAGUGUUGCCACCAAGGUCCGCACAUACGAAUGUGGAGAUACUGUGUUUGUGAGAAACUAUGCAGGGGGACACUCGUGGCUACCAGCCACGGUUACUGAUUUCCUUGGGUCCCGAAUGUACGUGGUGCAACUUGUGGAUGGGCGCAAGUGGAGGCGCCACAUUGAUCAGUUGAGACAGAGGUGGGCAACUGGCCGCCCCACGUCACUGCCGACUGAAUGCUCCGAACCCGAGGACCAUCCCGUACCUAUUCCAGAG